CAUUUUCUAGCUAAAAGGCAGAAAAGGAAGAAUACUCGUAAUGGCACGAGAGCUGAAAAGUUGGUCCUUUUGGCGGGCAGUAUUGGCUGAGUUUGUUGGGAUGACGGUUUUUGUUUUUAUUGGCAUAGCCUCCGCCAUCGGAAACAAGCACAACAGAUUUCCAGACCAAGAGGUUAAAGUAGCUUUAGCUUUUGGCCUGGCCAUUGCCACGUUGGCUCAGAGUUUGGGGCAUAUCAGUGGAGCCCACCUGAACCCAGCUAUUACUUUAGGACUUUUGGUCAGCUGUCAGAUCAGUUUCUUCAGAGCAAUCAUGUAUAUCGUUGCCCAGAUGGUGGGAGCUGUGGUGGCAAGUGGCAUUAUGUUCAAAGUUAGUCCUGACCCUGAAACAACACUGGGACUCAAUGUGCUGAGUAACGGUGUGAAACCGGGUCAGGGAUUCGCCAUUGAGCUUUUUGCAACCUUCCAGCUGGUCCUCUGUGUCCUGGCCUCAACAGACAAAAACCGGACGGAUGUCACAGGCUCUGCACCCCUAGCCAUCGGACUCUCAGUUGGUUUAGGGCACCUGGUAGCAAUCAGUUACACCGGGUGUGGCAUCAACCCCGCUAGAUCGUUUGGACCAGCCGUUGUUCUUGAAGCAUUUAAAAACCACUGGAUAUACUGGAUUGCACCCAUGUGUGGCGGGGCGGCUGCUGCUCUUGUGUACGACUUCUUGCUCUGCCCAAAGAAGGAAGCGAUUCGCAAGCGAAUGAAUGUACUGAAAGGCACAGCUGAUCCGGACUCCUCCACGACAGAACCCCUAAUUGAACCCCGAACCCCCAGAUCUGGUUCUGGUCAGUGGCCCAGGCCCUGAAAAGCGUCUUGUAAAUGUUAUGUUCUUGGUUUUGAUAUGUAGAUACCUGGUAACUCCGAUGUUUACAUGCAAUACCAUCUCUCUCAUCGUUGUCCUAGUGACUGUUUCGUCAGCUUAUUUUCUAGCUAAAUUGACUACUGGCACAGCUAUUUCUUAUGACAUCUCAGGAAUUUCUUGUAAUUCAGUCCACUUACAGAUUUAUUCAUUGGAAGGCAAAUUAUAUUUCCUUUGAGGGCUGGCAGAUGACUGAAUAAAUGUAUCUUGUUUUCAGCAUUAAUGUGACUUAUCUUGACUUUUGAAUUUGCCAUAUCGAUAUUUAUUUUUCUAUUGAUUGAUACAGUAAUAAAUAUUGAAUGUGAACAUGCUGGCAGCCCUAUACUGUAUAUACAGUAGCGGUCUUACAUUCACAUGCACGAUGCAGAAUAAAAGUUGCAUGUGUUUUUUUUUGUUUGUUUUUUGUAGUACCCUCAAUAAGCAAUUUCACAUCAUCUUAUCUUGUGGAUUCUGCAAAGUGUAUGUUAACUUAUAUACAAUUUUAUACUUACUGUAUAACCAGAACUAUAUAUACAACCAGUGAAAAGUUUGAAAUAAUUCAUUUGAAAUCAUUGUUGUUGAAAGAAGGCUGCAUUUAUCUGGAAAAUGCAAAAAAUACAGUAAGAUUGUGAAUUAUUAUUAUUACAGCUUAAAACAACUGUAAAAUGUAAUAUAUUCCUGUGAUCAAAGCUGAAUUUUUCAGUGUCUUCAGUGUCUAUGAUCCUUCAGAAAUCAUACAUGCUGAUUCGCUGCUCAACAAACAUUUCUGAUUAUCAAUGUUGAAAAAAAGUUUUUGCCGUGUUAUUUUUUGGCGAAAACCAUGAUACACAAAACAAAUUGGGGGCAAUUAAAAAUAAUGAUAAUACAUAAAUUCUGCAAUAAACUGAUUGAAAGUAACAGUUAAGGAAUGUAUAAUGUUACAAAAGGCUUACAUUACAAGUAAUUUCUGAUGUUUGUUAGUUUUUAAAGAAAAAAGAAUAUAGCAUGAUUUCAACAAAAAUUUUAAGCAGCAAAAAACGUUUCCAAAAACAAUAAAAAUUAAUGUAAUUACUCCAAA